GGUAGAAAUCUGAGGUGUGAGAUGGAGAAAGACAAGACUGGUGAUGGUGAUGGAUCAACUUCAACAGAACCGCCACAUUUGUUUCAGAAGGAGUUAGUGAAUAAGACAAGUGAGCAUUUAAGAAUCAAGAGACGCAAGCGAGCUCUUGAGGAUGAUGAGAAUUGUGAUGAUGACAUUAACGUUGCUCAGAGGAUCAAAUCUAAAGAGAAAAUUGAAGGAAGUUCUUCUGAACCACUUGGAAAAAGAAGUAGACUUGAGGAAGAUAACAAUGAUUCAAGCAUUUGUCAAAACCUUGUUUCUGGAGAUGAUGAACCCGUAGCACCACAAGAAAUAGAGCAAAGGAGUGAAGAGAACGAUCAAGAAGAAGCUGGAAGCAAAGCAAGGAAGAAUACGGUUCUAUUCCCAGUUGAUGAAAACAACUCUUCAGAUUCUCCUCUUGGUGCUAAUGGCAUUAUUGUGUCACCACGAGAGACAAGGCAAACUUGUGAUGAUGAGCUUGAUGUAUAUGAAAGCAAUGAAGAUAUAACCAAUGAUGGCAGCAAGGAACCAGAUUGUUUGCUCCAUGAAGAUGGUAUUAUAGCAGGAGAAAAGGCGAGCUCAGAUGAGAAUUUGUUCAGUAGUGAAGCUGAGAAGGAAGAUGAGUCAAACAUUCACAUCACUGUAGCUGUAGAGGAAGGAAAUCAAGAACAUGACUGUUCUCUUCAUGAUAAUGCACUCGGAAGUGAUGAAACUAUGAACUCCAAGGAGCAGUUAGAGAAUUUAGAAAAGAGAAACAAAAAUUUUGGUGAACUUGAUGCUGGUAAUGACUCCUACACAAAGAAAUUUCAAGAGCUGAAGGUUCAGGCAUUGUCGCUAAAGGAGCGUAUUAUCGAGGCACAGAAAAAUCUGACAUGGUUGAAAGAAAGCAGAGCCAUAAAACAGAGAAAUUUAGCCGCAGCAGCUCGUUGGAUCUAACGUCUAGGCAUGUUAGAUGUUGUUUUGGGUAGUCAAACGCAAGUAGAAUAAUGUAAGAUCAAUCUAACCUGUGUGGUGGGUGUUUAUGCUUUAGUAUCUUUUGAAGACUAGUUCGGUUUAAGUGUUUAAUUUGUAUCUUUUGAACAUACUAAGUUAUGAAUGAGCUAAUUAUUAGCUUUUUGGUGUGUUGCAUAUAAGAGUUUUCUUACAGAGAUAGCCUGAUUCCAUCAUGUGAAAUAAAUCUAUACACAAACC